ACAUACAAGGAAGCCCUAGCCAUCGAUGCUCCGGCCCUCUGAACCGCGAGGCUCGUUGCAACAGCCCCUCUGCCAAUGGGUGAUUGUAGGGUCCUGCUCCCCUCACGAGAUUGAAGUCCAAACAGAAGACCAGCGGCGAGAUGGUCAGACCUUUGUCCCGAACGGACACGGAGAUAGUCGAAUAAGCGCGGCCGUUGAGUCCUCAUGUAUAGCGGGGUAAAACGUCAGUUCAGAGGAGGU